CUGGGCCGAGUUCUAUACUACUUCUCUACCCAGAAUAACGAGCUCUUCGUUCAAAAUCCGUGCUGUCAGCAUUUUCUGGCAUAGGGAGUGGCUAGAGAGGCCAGGGGGACCCGGGCUUCCGUGCCUUCAUCUCGCCCCUCUGCCUCUGUGCCUCUGCCUUCUGUGAACCUGCUCCAGGUGUAGGCUUGGAGGUAGCAAAAGUCGGGUCCUAGGGGUCUAACCCUUAGUCACGCCUCAGGAGAAAAAGGUGGCUUUGCCUUUUCUUCCUGUCCUCCAGCUCGCAGGCUUUGAAUCCAAGAACCCUGGCCUCGAAGGCAGGCGACCUGGUUGGAAAAGGCACCCUACAAAUGCUUUUCUGAGGAUCCCCACUCGGUCUUGAGCUGGCCCCCAGCAGAUGAAAGGUCCCAGCUCUGGUGGAGUGCUCGGGCUAUUGUCUGGGUAAUGAAGAGGGCCAGCGCUUCUGGAAACUAGGACUCGAGAAGAAAAAACUGAAUGCUUGGACAGGGGCCCUCGCAUUUGGUGGAGGUGGCCAUGGGGAAGCGAUACUUCUGUGAUUACUGUGACCGCUCCUUCCAGGACAACCUGCACAACCGAAAGAAGCACCUCAAUGGGCUGCAGCACCUCAAGGCCAAGAAGGUGUGGUACGACAUGUUCCGAGAUGCAGCUGCCAUCCUGCUAGAUGAACAGAACAAGAGACCCUGCAGGAAAUUCCUGCUGACAGGCCAGUGCGACUUUGGCUCCAACUGCAGAUUUUCCCACAUGUCAGAACGAGAUCUGCAGGAACUGAGCAUCCAGGUGGAGGAGGAGAGGCGGGCCAGAGAAUGGCCACUGGAGACUGCUGAGCUUCCUGAGGGCCACCUGGAGGACUGGCUGGAGAAGAGAGCUAAGAGGCUGAGCUCAGCCCCAAGUAGCAGGACCGAACCCAUCAGAACCACUGUCUUCCAGUACCCCGUGGGCUGGCCGCCAGUGCAGGAGCUGCCCCCCUCCCUGCGGGCACCCCCUCCUGGAGGAUGGUCCCUACAGUCCAGAGUCCAGUGGGGCUGAACUCUUCCCCUGAUUUCUCCGCUUGACUUCUCCGGGUCACCAGUCAUAGUAAAGACAGUUGCUCGACCUAGGAAGUGGAGCUGCCUGCCCACUGUCCCCUGGAGCCUCUGGGCCUAUGAGCUUGGCCUCUCCACCCACCCACCAUCCCUCAGGGCAUAUCUUGAGAAGAUGGGUGAGAAACAUCCAAAUGUUUAUAAAGAAAGUCUAUCCUCGG